AGCUAAACACAUGAAUAUAAAUGUUUAGAACAUUCUUAUUCCUGAAUAAUGCAUUGGAAUAAUUUACAACAGUAAGUGCUCCCUGUCAGUAACUCAAGCUGAUGUGAAGGGAAGAUCUGACAUAGUGAAGUGUGAGGAGGUGUUACUCAGAAAUUGCAGGUGGUGUGUAUUUGGCCUCAUCAGGAAAAUUGCUUUUUGUGUAGACACAAUUACCAGGAGACAGCCAGGACAACUACAGGGACAAAGAGAACAAGUUCCAUCUGAAAUGGAGGAAGCUUACAACCAGACAUCAGUGUACAUUACGCCUACACAUACCUACUUACCAACGUCUGGCUUUGAAAACAGUGUUACAUAUUUUAAAGAUAAUAAUUCUCAGUCUACACAUUUGGAGGACAACUUGGAUUUGGCAAUUCACUCUCUGAGUUUCUUAGCUGCGUUCCUUGGACUUUGUUUUGCUGUCUAUGGAUUAUACUCUCUGGUCAAAACUGGUCUUUUUUCUCAAGUGUUUGUUAUAAACCUGUUCAUUUCUGAUCUGAUUCAAACUUUUGCCAAUUUGAUUGGAAUUUCUAAAGAAUUUGUGAUUUCAUCAGAUUUAAUAACCAUCACUAUCCAUGACUUCUGGGAUUACAUGAGGUUAAUCUUCUUCAUUGGUGUGAUGGCUAAUGUUUGCUUUAUGGUGUUAAUAUCUGCUGAGAGAUAUGGAAUGAUUGCUCAUCCUGUUUGGUAUAGAAGCCUCCACACGAUCAGGACAUCAGUCAUUGUGUCGGUCACUGUUUGGGUCAUAUUGCCCAUCAUUGUGAUCAUCACUGGGCUCUAUACUCCACAUGUUGUGUUAUCUGAACUCUUGGUUAUGCUUCUCCCGUAUCCCUGGAUGAUAUUCUUUUUCGUGGGGACAUGGAGGGCUCUCUCCAGGAAUACAUCAGUACCUCGUCAUGAGCAGAGACGGAUUAUGAGAACCCUGGCUCUUGUUCUUAGCAUUUAUACAGUCUUAUUUCUACCUUAUGUGAUGGUGGAGAUUGACAUUUACUACCCAUUUGUAAACAACAGAACCUCAUGGAUUUACCUUGUGGAGUUUGCUUACUUUCUCAUAGCACUGAAUCCAUUAUUUGAUUUUAUCCUUUAUUUAUUUAUGAGGAGGGAUGCUAAAGAUAUCUUUAGGUCCCUAUUCUGUUUUUGUAAGAGACAUGAAGACGAAAGAGUUACAGAAACUGUCACAGAGGCCCAAGUCUAAACGUCUUCAAUCUAUUUGUUAUUUAAAAAACAAAAAUCACACAAAGAAAAUGAACUACUGUACCAUGAAUGCACAAUUGUAUGGUCUGAUGAUUAAUGAAUAGCUGUUGUAACGUGCUCUCUGAAUAAUGUCUGUUACACUCAGUGGACCAUUAUAUUCUUGUUAUGUUCUAUUUGUUUUUGUCAAUGUCCUAUGGGAACCCUGGCUCUUGU